AAAAAGGUUGUAAACUUUUCCCGGUUGUUUUCCGUGUGUAUUUUGGCGGUAUAUCGGUGUGAGCUAGUAGGGAAAUACACUAUUACUGAGUACUGGAGUGCGUGUGGUGUGGAAUCCAAAUAUUAGUUCGCCUAUAGCUACGACUGAUUGCAUUUUUCCGGACGCUGGUUGGAAAAAUAUCGUGCUGCAUCGGUACUGCUAGCGGACAGCGGUGCAUCACACGAGCCCACAGUGAAUUAAUAUUCAACGCUCGUCUUGCUAUCAACAAAGCGAAUCUAUCCUCUUCGUCAAGAUUCCGGCUCUAAAAGGAAAGGAGAUGGAUCCGGCAGAUAUAGGGAAGCAUCCGGACCUGAUAAAAAAGGCCCAGGCCGAAAUUUCGCACAGCGAUGUGCUGGUGUGCGGCCGGUGCCAUUCCGUGUUCCAUCUGAUCGAACUGUUCCGCGAGCACAAAGAGAAUGAGCCUGACUGUAAGCGGGGGUCCACGCUGCACAACUGUGACGAAGCGCAGGCGAAGGUGUGGGCUUUCCUGCUGUGGAAGUCUGCCCAGCGUCCGGCGACCGGCGAAGAGAAGAUCGCCGGUGGAAGUAACUCGUGGAAGCUCUACCAGACGUGGGUAAAGUUGGAAGAAUCCGUCCGGGACACAUGGAUCGUUGCGGGCAAAACAAUCCAAUCGUUCUCGAAGACCGGGUCCGGAAGCCUGCAGGAAAUGCCAGUGAAAAUUACCAAAACGAUUCUUGAGCCCGAAUCGCAGGACAAAUCAAAUGCCCCGAACCGCUUUACGCCAACGGUGCGCAAGGUGGGAGACACUAAACCGAACACCCCCGGCAAUACGGUGGAUACGAAAAAUCGUAUCGUUGUCGGUGCACAAAUGGGUACCGUGAAGAAAGCGGACGGCACGGUCGUAAAAACAGGCACCGCUGCUACGCCUGUCGCGGCAAGACGUUCUUUUGCAACGCGUACCCAUCCCAAGACGGGAGCGUGUUCCGAGGAAGAGGUGGAAAAAAUCCUAGCCAAACGUUUCAGCCCGAUCAUCAAGAUGCACGAGUACCUGGUGAAAUGGUCCAAGUGGUCGAACGAUCAAAACACGUGGGAACCGCUGACUCAUCUGCACUCCUGCCAGAGCAUUCUGGAGCAUUUCGAGGUGCAGCUUGCGAAACAGAAGGAGCAGCGCGCUGCAACGGCCGCGCGUGUGUUACAGCAGCAGCGCCAGGAAAAGGGAGUAAGCGGGCCGGCUACUACAACUGGUACCACAAGUUCCGGCACGACGAGCACCACCACCACCACUGCCACCGGGGCCUCCUCCGGUACCAUGUCUUCAGCGGCAGCCGCAGCAAAUCAGCUUCGUCCCGUACGCGUCUCCAAGGCAAGCGCUCUCGAUCGUGUCAAGCAGUGGACAGCUGGCAGUCGUUCGCCGGGUGAUUCGCCCGAAGAUUCAACACAGACGGGAAAGCGUAAGCUGGAUGAAGGUGAAGACGAUGGCACGGGUAACGAUGCCGAUGCGCCGGACUCGGUUAAAAAGCUCCGCACCGAAUCCAGCUCCGCCGUGAGCGAUGCCCUGACGAAGGUAUCGCAGAGCGGAAACGUAAAGAUAAUGUCCGUUUCGACCGCAUCCGGAGCGUCGGGCAUUAGCAAAACGGCAGUGAACGGAACAGUGGCAUCGACCAAGGAUGGCAGCUCGGCGGAGGUCGUAAUCAUAAAAUCACCCAAAGACGGUAUCGCGAGCGGUAUUAGCAAAAAGUCACCCGGUGUAGUGGCGGGCAGCAGUAUCGCCACAAGACUGUCGCCACGCAGCGAAGCGGCCAAGGUAAAGAUCGUCUCCAAGUCGGAAAUGGGUGGUGGUGUGCAUGGAAUUUUCAAAAUCAAAACCGAUGCGACAGCUUCUUCCCCACAAAGCCCCUCGCUGACGAAAGUGGUAACGUCAAGCGCGGGCGGCUCAGCACCACCCUCACGCCCCAUUACCAUCCCCAACACCUCGACGACUGACUCAUCCGGUGUGACGACACGCAUCAUUCGCCGGAACAUCGACGGUACGGAGCAGCUGAUCAAACAGACUAUCCGCAAAACGCCGAAGUUGGUGCCGUUUUCACCUGGCUCACAGCAGCGCCCCGUUGGUGCCGUGAUAGGAGUCACCAAACCGGGUGCUGCGGGUUCAUCAGCAACACCCGUACCCAAAAUAACCACUUCGUCCGCUGUCGGUCAGCAACGUACGUCGUCUGGGCCCCGUAUCAUCUCCACCAGCCAGCAAAAGCCGACCGUCAGUCGGGUAGUUACCUCCGUUUCCGGCACACCCGGUACGGUCAUGCGGACGUCAACGGUAACCCGUACAGCCGUGGGACCCGCCUCGUCCGAGCAGAAAAUUAAUGCCCUUCGCCGACAAGGGGUAAACGUCGUGAAACGCGUCAUCACAACGAGCACAACGCCCGGUGGCAAAAAGCCGGUCAAUGAGGAGGAGGAGAGUGAGGCGGAUGGUUUCUCAUCCAACAUUUCGCUGCCUGCCCCACCAAGCCCACCGAGAGCGAUGACACUUUGUCCGGUAACGGGUAAGGUGUUGGCCCAGGCGGAAGGUGAACCUACACCCGUACCAAGUCCCGAAGCGGAACCCGAAGAGAAGAAAUCGGACGGCAAACAGGAUGGUGAACAGAACAGCGCAGAAGGAGAACAAAUGGUAGUGGCUAGCGGAGAGCAGACCGACACACAAGUACAACAACUACUGACAAACGAGGACGGUACCGCCAUCAUUGUGGCGGGCGAGGACGGCACACUGUACCAGGUAGCCGGUAAGAAUGCGGAAGGCCAAACCAUACUUAUCACACACAAUUCCGAUGGAGAACAGAGCUGUGUGCUGGUCGCAUCGCAGGAGGGCGAAGAGGAUGCAUCGGGCAGUACGGGCGGUGUCUUAACGCUCGAUGCGGCCGUUUCGGAAGCCGUUGCCGUACCACAGGAGGGACAGGAGAUGACAGAAGAGCAGGCAGCGCAGUAUCAACAGUCCGUCGAUACUAAUCAGGAGUUGACGAUCUCUACCGAAGAUUCACAGGACACGCAAAUAACGGCUGAAGUAGUACAAGCCGAUCAACCGUCGCCCGGUGGUACCCGUCGAGUGGUCCUACUACUCCCCGAUGGAAGCUUCAUGAUGACGGAGGUUAACGACGAGCAGUACCAAUCGUUGAAUCUGGUCAACUAAACAGCUUUAGCGGAACUACCACAAACAAUAUUUUUCUUCGGGAAAAUGGAGAGAGAAACACAGAAGUUAAUAUGCUUUAAAAUCAUUUUAGUUGACAUGCGUACAUUGUAAUAUUAUAUCUAAGUUCUGUAUAAGGUGGGCUUUUACUGUUUUCAUUAUGUUACACACAACGUAAUGGUGCACGUUUUAUCUUAACGGAUCUCACGUUAGCCCGACGGUGAGCUACGAGUAAACAUUCAUCUUAAAUUAGCAUUAAUUCAUAGGCAUGACAUAGGCAAGCAAACGAUUCCUGCAACUCCCUGCGCAGUAGAGUUACAAAAACUAAAUGAAACGACAGUUAAUUACGGCACAAUUUUACGAUAGCAAAACAAUGAUCCUAAUGUAAUUAAAUGCGUAACGUAGCGUAAUGUUUGCUUGCUGACUGUUUCAUUCAAUUUCACUGCAUUACACUAUUAAUAAGAUUUAAGUAAUUACAAAUUAAAUGUUUAAAUCGAUGCAGGUUGAGCUUGUAAAAACUCCCAUUUGCCGCUUGUAGUGAGCGAAUAACAGCUGACCAGUAUUGUAAAAUAUCAUGUU